GAACAAAAUGCCAAAACAUAGAUCAAGAAAAGCUGGGAAGAAGCAGAUUCAGCAAGCCAAAUUUAGGGAAAUUCAGAAGAGAGCAAAGGAGUACUUUGCUGAGAAUACUCCUGAUGACCAAAAGUCUCUCUAUGAUAGAAUAGGUAACCAAGAUCCUAAAGUUCGAGAAAUGGCAUAUAUCACCCUUUCAACAAUUGAUAUCAACCCUUUGAGGGGUUUAGGAGUUGAGAUUUUCAACGAUGAGAUGACUAAGAGAGUCAUUGACAGCCUCAACGACCCUAUCAGGAAGAACUCUCUUUGUGUUUUUGCUUCAAUAAGUAACAUUCUUAACUCAGCAGAUUUGUACAAUAAGCCAGAAGUCUUAGCAAGUUAUCUUGAAAAGGGCCUUUUGGAUGUUAUUAAGGACAAUUUAGUCAACAUUGGGGUUGAACUCACCUCUAACUGGGGCAAGAUGCACAAGAACGAUACUGAUAAAGCCCUACUUUACAUCGAGAAUUCUUAUAAGCUGUUGGACACUAUUGUUGUUCUGGAAAGUAUUUGUGUCGAAGAGAAUCUCGAUUUCAUUAGUCAGCAUGAAGGCUUAUUGGAGACGACCAUCCAAAUUAUGAUUUCAAAAGAGUGUGAUUAUGUUAAAGAAGAUAAAAUUUGGGUAAAUGAGUCUAUUUUAUAUUGGCUCACACAUUUCUUAUACUCUUUGACUAAGGACAACCCUGGGCUAUGAGACAAAAUUAGAGAUGUCAGUGAUAUUGGUGAAUACAUAACCUCUGCCAUUAGCUCUCUCGAAGAAAGCAACAUUCAUAUCUGUUCCAAUCUUAGCGGGUUGAGCUUUAACCUCUCUUCAGGUGAAUUCAUCGAGAAGCUGUCAGAGUCUGAAUCUUAUGUGAAUUUUGUUCAUAUUCCAGCGACUAAAAUAUUGAUUGGUAUGAAUUCUCCUCAAUACGAGUUCAACGAGAAUUUCUCUGACAAUAUCGAGCACAUCAAAGGGUCUCUUUCCAGUAAUAACGAGGAAGAAGAGACUAUCUCAAAUACUCCGCCUGUUAGCAAUGAUAAGCUUUCACAAAUAAUCUCUGAUUUCUUGAAUGAGAUGAGCGGACAGGUAAAGAAAUGGAAAAAUUUCGCAAUCGGACAUAUGAAUGCACUUGAAAUUUUAAGCCAAGUUUUGGUAGGAUUAGGUCCUCAACAAUCUGAAGAGCCAGAUGAGAGAGCAGAAUGGAUCAUUUCUACAUUUACCACACCUGUAACUGGUCUUAAUGGAGAUACUACUUUGUUCCUUGAAAUCUUGAAACAUCUGCAGUCAGUAACAAUGAAGACUAAAGUCAACCUUGAAGAGAUUCAUGGGAUUGGUGGUCUAGUUAUAGAUGUCCAAUAUUCAGCCUGAGAAGUACUCAUAGACCUCUUAAUAGCAGCUCCACAGAUGUUCUUUGAUCCUGAAAAUGAAAAAGAUUCUCGAGUAGUGGUCGAAACAGUCUUGAAUGCUCUCAAAUUUCAGAAUUAUGCAAGCAGGUUCGUUGAAUGUGGACUCCGGUUCCUUGGGCUUUACUCUAAGAACUUCCCUGAAAUGAUGAGAUCAGUUCUUGAAGAGAAUAAAGCUUCUGAGUCUUUCCUGCAAUUAGUCGAGUCUGUAAAAGACACAGAGAUGAUAGUUCACGGUCUGACUAUCCUCUCGGCAAUGUUUUCUACAACUGAGCACACAGCUGAAGAUAAUGAGAGGAUCUGUAAACUUCUUCUUCACUAUAUCCAGUCUCCAAACCUACGGGUGAUUUGUGAGUCUCUAAAUGCUAUUUUCGAUAUUUAUUCUGAGGAAAAUUUCGACCCAGUCUUGGUAAAGCUCGACAUUGUUCCAAAGCUAGAGACUAGCCUCUCGCUCUACCACCAGAUGAUGAAAGACCAGGUUCAUCUCUACGAAGAGGAAGAGAUGGAAUUCUUUGGAGAAAUCCUUGAAAAUCUUGAAGAAUUUAUUAAGUAUAAGAAGGAGCACAUGUAA